GGGAAGUGGGAGGUGGAGAGAGGUAGAGGUAGGAAGAGAGAGAGAGGGUGGGGGUAGAGAGAGAAAGAGAGAGGCAGAGUGAGAGAGAGAUUAGAUAAGAUCAGAUAACUAGGUUUAUCUCUCACAUUGACUCUAAAACUUGAAUGGAUGAAAAUUUGGAUAACUUACUAUUAUGGUCUUUGGCAAUAGAAACAUGCUUUUUCUGUUAAUCCUGUUGUAGCUUCACCUUCCUGCAGCCAAUUUUUGGUUAUCAUUAGAUAUAUGGUUUGUGGUAAAUGAAUCCAAAAAACCAAAACCAAAACUGAGUGUAUGCCAAUCAACUUUCGCAACAACCACGAGAUCAAAUCACUCUCAGAUAACAUCCUCAAAUGUGUCAAAGACUACAAGUAUCUAGGAUCACACAUCAAAAACUCUUAGAAAAACUUCAACAUUAGAAAAGGCAUAGCAUGGACUGCUUGUAACAAAAUGGAUAAGAUCUGGAAAUCGAAUCUUGCUCGCAAAUUCAAAAUCCAAGUUUUCUGUGUACUUAUUGAGCCAAUAUUACUGUAUGGAUCUAAAACUUGGACUCUCUCAGCAAAACAACAAUGCCGUUUAGAUGGAUGUUAUACGCGUCUUUUAAGAAGAGUGCUCAAUCUGUCAUGGAGAAACCACCCAACUCUAGAAAUGGUAUAUGGAGACUUACCGAGAGUAUCAACCUUAGUUUGCAAGAGACGUGUCCAGUUCGCCGGGUGUUGUGCACGUGCCACUGAUGAACUUGUGUCAUCAUUUGUAUUCUGGAGGCACCCAUCAUCUGACAAUCGAUCGCGCAAGUUAACCUUUCCAGAUAGGAUAAGGCGAGACACGUCGAUCCCUAAGGAAGAUCUUUUAGGAGCUAUGACAGAUAAGCAGUACUGGAAAGGUGUAAAGGUCAAUAGUGUCUGCAAUUCUGCAUGUGAAGAGAAAACGACUAGAGUUUUAGAAGGUUGCAUACCCCUUCCCCUGCCUGAUGAAAUUGUCACUGAAGUUGUACCAAAAGCAAAAGACUAUGCCCUUUUACAUGGGGCAGGAAUGCGCUUCAAGGACACCUACAACCCAGACAUAUUGCAGAUGGCUCCCUUUUUCCUCCUCCCGUCAGCAUUCCCACGCAGAGAGUUUGACCGCGUCGUAAAGCUGCAGCCGCUCAUCAACGUACUGAUGCACAGGAUAGCGCACGAUCAUGAGUUCUUAGAAUCUGCGCUCAAAAAUACAAUCAAAGUCGACGAUUUCACUGCAAAGCUAUGGGACAUUUAUUUGACUGUUCGUGAGGAAGGAGUGAGUCAGGACAUGAGUCUGGGCCUGGUUCGCUCGGACGUGAUGCUGACCAAGUGCCAUGCUGGGUGCUGCGAGCUAUGCCAGACCCCUCCCUAUGUCACAGGACACCAGGUUGAGGUCAACACCAUCGCCUCGGGAUUUGGCCACAUGGGACCAAUUUCCGGGAGUAUCCAUAGGUACACUAAGGACAUCACAAGAAUAACUUUCAUGGGCCUUAUUGCAUAGCAUUUUUGUUCAUUACAGACUCUCUUUCUAUUUCUGUUCAGUUGUCAGUUUCCUUAGAAUGUGUAAACUGUAUAAUGAAGGUUUUUCAUAUUGCCGAGUUGCAUAACAAAUCUGCUAUGCAUAUGUCUGAACUUGAUGGAUGGUACCUGAUUCUUGAAAUUUUUUGAGUUUAAAUCAUACAUAUGUUCAUAGACAUAUUACGCAC